UUCUCAGGUUUUUGUUCGAGUGGCCCCUUGAACACCAAGAAAUGGAGGUGCUGGCGAAGCAUAUGGUCAGUGUGGUCCAAGACGUGAGUCGCUCCUUUGAGCCCUGGCCAAUACCACGAUGGAAGCAAGUGGAGGAUGUAUCAACCAGAAAUGAGAAACUUGUUUCUUCCAAUUUGAAAACUUUGAAGGGUUUGAAGAAACAUAUUGCCCGCAUUGUCACACUGUACAUCUCUUGUCCAUAUGUUAUGCACAGUACGAGGUACGGAGAUGAACAUCUGAAACGUUACUUCAAUUCUCUCUUACAGAAUCUGAAGGAUAUCAGUAUCAUCAGUAAAUCCCAAAGAAUUAUCAGCCAGUGGGAAAAACUUGCAGUAGUCGAAGAGAGGCUAAAAUAUUUGAAAACUUUUCUCUGCCUUAUUUUUGUGCCGUUUAAGCCGGGAAAUUUCGUGGCUAUUGCUGAGGAGCUUGCUGUGGAAAUCUCAUAUACACUUUUCCUCUGUUUUGUGGAUGAUGAGUUCGUCGCCCAUGAGCAUACGAUGGAUUAUAUUCUUCCUGAUUUGCUAAGAAAGUUUAAUUCUCUUCUUCUACAGCUGAAGGAGGUUUCUGGUGGAGGAUCUAGUGCAAUAAGACUAGCAGAUGAUCAUGUUCUGGGAUUCGUUGACUUUCUCAUUUCUAAACUAGUGCUUCUGUCAACCAAGUCUAGGUUCACGGAUGAGGUAAAAGUUCAACUUCAGACCCUGGCUGACGAGCUAAGGUUUAUUAGGAGCAGUCUCAUGGAUAUGCUAUUGCAGAAUCCCAUUCAAGGAUUAGAAUCUCUUAAUAUCUCGAUAGCAACUUUGAUCGUGGACACUGGAUUCUUUGUCUACUUUUGUCCUGAUAAAACGGAGGAUGAAGAAUUAAUAAUGACCAAUUAUUGGAGUCUCGGCCUUCAUGAUUCGCUUGAAACUGUUCAAAAUGUCCAGCAACAAGCAGCUGAUUUGUUUAAGAAAUACUUGCCUCUGUCAUUGCAAUCUAAUUGCCCCAGCAGCAACGAAUUGGAAUUCGUUGAUUUCCUCAUAAACAAACUAAAAGAGGUAAUGCUUUCUGGGGAAGCUUCCAUUUAUCCAUUGAAGCAUCAAAUGGAAAUGGUGAAUGAGGAAAUGGUAACCUUGAGAAAUUGCUUGAGUGGAGUUGCAGGGCUGAUGGGGAACUCACAAAUAGGAUUUCUCUUGACACGGUUUAAGCAUGCAGCCUACCAAGCCAAAUACGUCCUCAAUUCAUUGAUGGCCGGUGAAGGAUCGCUCUGGCUUCAUAAGUUGGGCAGCUUUGUCAUCACCAACGAUAUCAAGAUACUACAGAAAGAGGUGAAAACCACUUGGAAGAUGAAUUUGGACAGUGGCGUCCAUAGCGUUUCCAAGGCUUCUACUCAUGCUUCAACACAAAUUCAUCAACCCCCAUCUAUUAAUGUACCUGGCUGUUCCAAGGAUGGGAUGCAAAUCAAAAUAGAGGAAGAUGCUAAUAAACUUGUGGGCAGGAAAGAUGCAGUAGCAGAAAUAGUUGGGCUACUUACUGAAGGAUCAAGCCACCUAAAGAUUCUCUCUAUUGUGGGCAUGCCAGGACUAGGUAAGACUACUUUGGCCAAUGCUGUGUGUAAGCAUCCUUUUGUUGAUACGUGCUUUGAGGUUCGUGCAUGGGGUAGCUUAUCCCAAGUUUACCAGAAAGAGACCUUGCUGUCCAGUAUAGUAGAUCAAGUGCAUGCCAAUCCAAGCCACGACAUCAGUGGAGAAGAUGUUGGUCAAAUGCUUUACCAAAGUUUAAAGCGUAGAAGGUACCUGAUUGUGUUAGAUAAUAUAUGGGAUAUAGAGACCUGGAGUGGUUUAUGUUCAAUUUUCCCUGAUGACAAGAAUGGGAGUAGAAUUUUAUUUACUACUCGAAGCCAUGGUGUUGCAGCACAAGCCAAUAGUUUUCCUUAUGCUCUUCGUCUACUCUCCAGUGAAGAGAGCUGUGAAUUGCUAUGGCUAAAGCUGUUUAAUGGAGAAACUUGUCCUCGGGAAUUGUCAAGUAUCUCAAAGCGCAUUGCCUGCAGUUGUAAAGGGCUACCACUUGCAGUGGUUCUGAUAGCGGGAGCUCUGAACAGGACAAAGAAAGAAAAAAAAUCUUGGGAAAAGGUUGCUAGAACCUUCAUCAGGUCGCGAAGCAUACAGGAACAAAUCUGGGACAUCUUAGACGGAAGCUACAAGCUUUUACCAGAUCACUUGAAACCAUGUUUCUGGUAUUUGGGAACAUUUCCACGGGGCACAACAAUUUCUGUAUCCAAACUGAUAAGGUUGUGGAUUUCUGAAGGAUUUAUACAUCAGCCAAAUUCGGGCCAGAAGAGCUUAAUUCAGGAGGCAGAGAGUUACUUGAAUGAUCUAAUUGAUAGAAGCCUCGUACUGGUUACCAGAAAAAGUUCCAAAGGAGGAGUCAAAGAAUGUCGUGUUCAUGAUGUACUACGAGAAUUUUGCUCAGCAAUACUCAAGCAAGAAAGAUAUGAAAUGCAAGAACACAUAUUUCCCGGUGGAAUUUCAGUUCUUUAUGGUGAUUUUAGAAGGCCUGAGCAGAAUCUUCUAAGCAUUUUUCCUACAACCAAGGAGCCACAGAUCAGUUCUUUGAUGUAUUAUGAUAUGACCGAUAUAGAAAAAGAAUCCGGAGAUAGAGAGGAUCUGCCUAAACAGAAGGAGUUGAGGGAUUUGCCUCCUCGAAUUGGAGAUACUAGUCUCCGUAAACGGGUGAUAUUCACCGAUUUGAGUCCCAUUGGUAGAGUUUAUCUCACAGAACAGGUGCCAGCGACAGGGGGUGGAAUUACCCGACAGGGACGAUUACAUUAUGGUUCUGUUCACAAGUAUAAAUACCUCAGGGUCUUGGAUUUGGCAAAUGUCCUAUUCCGAAAUAGUGCCGACACUUCUGAUCUUGUCAAGAUAGCUGAGCUGGUUUAUCUGAGAUAUUUAGCUAUUAAAAUUCGCACAAAUAGAAUCCCCUCAGAAAUAGGCAAUCUCCGAAACUUAGAAACUUUUCAUCUCAGUGGAGCAAUUGGUAGAGUCACGUUACCAGAGGCUGUUUGGAAACUGGUAUGCUUGCGGGAUGUUAUAAUGGAUCAUUGUUUCUUCAGUUUCCAACACUGCAGUCAAGAAUUUUUUGAGGAUUCUACCCAGUUGGAUAACUUAAAAUCACUGUCCACGAUUUAUAUAUGGCAUGGAAAUGUUGAGAAGUUGGCGAGGAUGCUACCCAGUGUUCAGAAGCUAGGAUGUAUAUUUUCGAAUUCUUGGCAAGAAUGUUGUGAAGCCAGCAAUCCCUUUAAAAUAUUGGAGUGCUUGCGUGAGCUUCAAUCACUCAAGAUGUCCUUCCAUGUUAGGGCGCCAUAUCCUUUUAAGUUUACGUUCCCUUCAAAUCUGAAAAAGUUGACAAUAUCAAAUGCUCGCCUACCAUGGGAUGAAAUUUCAGUCAUUGGUCAGCUACCCAACCUUGAGGUUCUGAAAUUACUCAGCAAGGCAUUUGAGGGCCAGCAAUGGGACAUGAGAGAAGGUGAAUUCCAGAAACUGAAGUUCUUGAAACUGGACUCUCUGGAUAUUGUACAAUGGAGUGCCUCUGGCGAGCACCUGCCCUGCCUUGAGCAACUUGUGGUGCUAAGCUGUCAGCAACUCGAGGAGAUCCCUUCUUGUUUUGGAGAAAUUUCAACUCUACAGUUGAUUGAGUUGAAAUGGUGCAGCGCUUCAGCCAAGGAUUCUGUCAAGCAAAUUCUAGAUGACCAGCGUGAUUAUGGCAAUCAUCAGCUCAAUGUCACCGUUGUCGGUUCCCAAUGUGGUAUACCAUAA